GCGGGGCCAUGGCGGAGCUGCGGGCGCGCCUGGAGGAGCUGGAGCGGCGGAUGGAGCGGGCGGAGGCGGCGCUGCGGGACGGGCCCCUCGCUGCCCUGGGGCUCCCCGGGAUCCCGGUGCUGUUCGAGGAUGUGGCAGUGCGGUUCAGCCAGCAGGAGUGGGCAAGCCUGGACGAGAGACAGAAGGAAAUGUACCGGAGCGUCAUGGAAGGCAACUACGAGAUGCUGGUGUCCUUGUAUUGUGCCCUGUCCAAGCCUGAACUGUUAUUACAGUUGGAAAGAGAAGAGCUGAGCACGCCGCCAGAAUCGGAGCCUGAGGCAGCAGAGGUGUCCCCAGAGCUGGCUGUAGAGCUGGCUGUACAGAACUGCACCAGUGAUGACACAUUGCUGGAGACAGAGGCAAUGGAGAGGGGCUGCAGGCAGACAGAGGAAAGCAGGAAUGAGGCAGAGAAAAGUGAGAGCUUGGUAGAGGAAAGCAAAAACCUGGUGGAGGAAAGCAGGAGCCUGGUGGAGAUAAGUGGGAACCUGGCAGAGGAAAGCAUGAACCUGGUAGAGGAAAACAGGAGCCCAAUGGAGAUAAGUUGGAACUUGGCAGAGGAAAGCAAGAACCUGGUGGAGGAAAACAGGAGCCCAGCAGAGGAAAACAGGAGCCCAGCAAAGGAAAGCAGGAGCCCAGCAGAAGAAAGUGGGAACCUGAUGGAGGAAUGCAGGAGCCCAGUGUUGCCAGAGAACUGCAGCACACCACCCAUCCCUCUGGAAGGCUCUGCUGUCCUGGCAGAUCUCAGCCAGCCGACUCCGUCCCCUCCCUGCCUGCUCUCCGUGUCCUGUCAGGAAGCCGAGGGUCAGAACUCUUCUCCCCCUGCAGCAGGAGAUGCUGAGGUGGGAGUCUCAAGGGAGGUGCUGCAGAGAAGCCAUCAAUGCCCAAAACACCCUCUAAGGGUCCAGGAAAAGACAAGGGUCCUGAAGAGGAGGCUGUGAAAGAUUCAGGGAAUACUGGCCAAGAUCUGGUGGCCGACAUUCCUGAAGAACCAGGAAAGGAGGUGACACCAGAUGUCCACAGACAGACAGAACAGGCAGAUCCCAGCCCAGCAGAGCUGCAGAAGGAUUCCUGCGUGGGCCGGCCAGCGGCCUUGCAGCGAAAUUCUGCCAAGCAGUUUUACUCCUGCCCCAUCUGCAGGAAAACCUUCCUGCUGAAGAUCAACCUCCUGAUCCACGAGCGUGGCCACGCCAACUGGGUGCCCUAUGUCUGCGUCCACUGCGACCGCAAGUUCAUGUCCAAGAAGAAAAUCAAGCGGCACCUCCGCGCCUGGGCAGCCAACGGGACGUGCCAGCCCUCAGAGCCCGGCCAGGUGCCAUGCUCAGCAUCCCACCCCCAGACCUGGGCAGCUAAGGGGACGUGCCAGCCCUCAAAGCCAGAGAAGUGUCCCACUAGGACACCGUGCCCAACAUCCCAGCCCCAAAACUGGGCACCCAGUGGCACCUGCCAGCCCACAGAUGUGAAGGCAAGUCCCAGCCAGGCCCCAUGCCCAACAUCCCAGCCCCAAAACUGGGCACCCAAUGGUUCCUGCCAGCCCUCAGAUGUGAAGGCAAGUCCCAGCCAGGCCCCAUGCCCAACAUCUCAGCCCCAAAACUGGGCACUCAAUGGCUCCUGCCAGCCCUCAGAUGUGAAGGCAAGUCCCAGCCAGGCCCUAUGCCCAACAUCCCAGCCCCAAAACUGGGCACUCAUUGUCUCCUGCCAGCCCUCAGAUGUGGAGGCAAGUCCCAGCCAGGGGCCAUGCCCAACAUCCCAGCCCCAAAACUGGGCACCCAAUGGCACCUGCCAGCCCUCAAAUGUGAAGGCAAGUCCCAGCCAGGUGCCAUGCCCAACAUCUCAGCCCCAAAACUGGGCACUCAUUGUCUCCUGCCAGCCCUCAGAUGUGAAGGCAUGUCCCAGCCAGGCACCGUGCCCAACAUCCCAUCCUCAAAACUGGGCACCCAGUGGGGAUGCAAAGGCAUGUCCCAGCCAGGGGCCUUGCCCAACAUCCCAGCCCCAAAACUGGGCACUCAUUGUCUCCUGUCAGCCCUCAAAUGUGAAGGCAAGUCCCAGCCAGGUGCCAUGCCCAACAUCCCAGCCCCAAAACUGGGCACCCAAUGGCACCUGCCAGCCCUCAGAUGUGCAGGCAAGUCCCAGCCAGGCCCCAUGCCCAACAUCUCAGCCUCAAAACUGGGCACUCAAUGGCUCCUGCCAGCCCUCAGAUGUGAAGGCAAGUCCCAGACAGGCCCCAUUCCCAACAUCUCAGCCCCAAAACUGGGCACUCAAUGGCACCUGCCAGCCCUCAGAUGUGAAGGCAAGUCCCAGCCAGGUGCCAUGCCCAACAUCCCAGCCCCAAAACUGCGCACCCAGUGGGGAUGCAAAGGCAUGUCCCAGCCAGGGGCCUUGCCCAACAUCCCAGCCCCUAAACUGGGCACCCAAUGGCUCCUGCCAGCCCUCAGAUGUGAAGGAUAGUCCCAGACAGGCCCCAUGCCCAACAUCUCAGCCCCAAAACUGGGCACCCAAUGGCUCCUGCCAGCCCUCAGAUGUGAAGGCAUGUCCCAGCCAGGGGCCAUGCCCAUCCUCCCAGCCACAAGCCCCGAGCAGGGACUGUGGCACGGUGUGGCAGGAGCCUGGCCCCUCCAGGUGCUCUCUGUCAUCUGGGAAAAUGAUGUACACAUGCAAUGAGUGCCUGGAAACCUUCUCCAACCAGAUCUUCCUGACAGUGCACCAGCGCCGGCACUCUGGCCACCACCUCAUCCUGUGUCCCUGCUGCAACCGCAGCUUCACCUGGGUGUCGGACUUCGUCCGGCAGCACUGGAUGCACAUGGGCGUCCGGCCCCACCAGUGUGGCAUCUGCCAGAAGACCUUCAAGAGGUUCUCCCACCUCAAGGAGCACCAGAGGACCCACAGGCGGCAGGAGCGGCCGUUCAGCUGUGCCAACCCGGUGCCCGUCGUGGCGGCGCCCGCAGCAGGAGACGGGGCUAGAAGCCAGGAUGUGACACCCCAGGGAGGGGACCCUGCUGCUGGAUCUGCUCUUGGACCUUGAGGUGUCCUCCUGGGAACUCAGGGGUACCUCAGGGUGUACUCCCAGGGAUGGGAAGCUGCUGCUGAAACCUCCCGGACACAGGGUGCUGCUGACAGACUUCGAGUUGACCUCACUAGGAUAGGAGGCUGCUGUCUGAUCUUGAGGUGAAGAAUGGAAUGCUGCCAAUGGGCUUUAAGGUGUCCUCUCAGGAAUAAGAUGCUGCUCUUGAACCUUAAGGUGACCUCCCAGGAAUGGGAUGCUGCUACAGAACCUUCAAGUGACUCCCAGGGAUGUGAUGAUGCUGCUGGAUCUUGAAGUGACCUCCUGGGGACCAGAGGGCACUAUCAGACCUCCCCUCUCUCCCUCUCCAGAUGAAGGCUGCAGCAUGGACAAUAUUUUCUGGUUCCCCUGCCCUGGUGUGGGGGUGGGGGGUACCUGCCCAGCCCAUGUGAGAGGAACUCCUUGUUCCCAAGCCCUGAUGGGUGGGCGGGAUGCUGGGAGUGGGUCCCUUUUCUGGAGAGUGCCAAUAGAUGCUGUAGAAACCAG